AUGCCUCAGCGACAGGCGAAGGCCGCGCCACAUACGAUGCGACACGCGCAGAAGCCAGGAUCAGGUGCAGACGCCAGGACUUCCCUUAUCUUGAAGCGCUUUUGGAGCAAUGAGAACAGGCUGCGGUCUCAACUCCUUAGCCCCUCGCUCCACCUAACGAACGCCCUCUUCGCUGUUAAUGGAGAUUAAUAGAGCUGAAGCAAGACGAACGGGUGGACCGGGGCGGGGAAGCAGGCAGCCGUGAUGUGGGACUGCGGAAAGCGAACAGCGAAGACGGCGUUGCUGACAGUGUACCAUUUGCCGUACGCAUACCGGAAACAACUCUUUUCAAGAAAUAAACAAUAAAGGACUGGUAAACCAACGCCACCUACGGCAGGGUAGUGUCCGCUACGUGGCCAUUUCUGAAUCCUGCAUGUCAAUUGCCAGGAAACGAUCCACUGUAAAAGUUUAACUUAUAAAAGUUACCAUAAGUCGUAGAAAAAGUACUUUAUGAAACUCGAUG